AUGGCCGCUCCUAAGGCCACCAAGAUUCCGUCUCUCGUUUACGGGACAGCAUGGAAGAAAGAGAACACUCGACGCCUGGUCAAGCAGGCCGUCUCCUCCGGCUUUCGUGGCAUUGACACCGCAGCCCAGCCCAAGCACUACCAGGAAGAUCUGGUUGGUGAUGGGAUCAAAGAUGCUCUUCAAGAUGGAGACUUGGGACGCAACGAUCUCUACAUCCAGACCAAGUUCACUGCCACCCAUGGUCAAGAUUUAAAGCGACUCCCAUACGAUCCUGCCACGAGCAUCGCAGACCAAGUGUCCACAUCCGUAACAUCUUCAUUGCACAAUCUCCGUCACGAGGAAGAGUCUCCAUCCUACAUUGACUGUCUGGUCCUGCACUCACCCUACCCCUCAAUGGCCGAGACUCAACAAGCAUGGCGGGCAAUGGAGUCGUGUGUACCCACCAAAGUCCACACUCUAGGCCUCAGCAACGUCUAUCAGCCGGGGGUGCUGCAAGCGCUGUAUGACUUUGCCACCGUCAAGCCGUCCGUCCUUCAAAACCGAUUCUACGCUGCUACGGGCUACGACCGCGCCAUCAGAGCCUUCUGCGCAGAGAAAGGCAUGGUGUAUCAAUCUUUCUGGACAUUGACUGCAAAUCCUGAGCUCCUGAAGUCGACUGCUGUUGGAAAGUUGUCAGAGGCGGUUGGAGUGAGCCGAGCCGUGGCGCUGUACAGCUUGGUCAUGGGGUUGGGAGACGUGAGUGUCCUUGGCCUCGAACGUACUGUUUAUCUCUGCUCCGCCGAUUCAUCACGGCCUUUAAACACCAAUAUGGAGCCUGAACCCUUCAAAAUACCAACGUUCGACAGCCUACCGCUGGACAAGUCGGGCCCAGACGGAAACGCAUGGGGUCUGUUCGGACAGAACGAUCAGCUUGGUAGAUUGAAUCUACUUACCAAGGCAGUGGUGGCAGCGGCGGCCAGCGAGAUCCGAGAAGGAUUGCGCAUCUCAUUGGAUUGGCCACUAAACAAACCUCUGCAAAUCAACAAUUUCCGGCAACGAUUCGAGCACGAGUUCCUGCCGCAGCCUCCAAUGGCCUUGAACGAUGAUGCAGUGUCAUUUAAUACGCAGUGUAGCACCCAGUGGGACGGUUUCCGUCAUUACGGAUAUCAGAAGCCAAAGAAGUUCUAUCAGGGUCAUACUCAAGAAGAGUUCUCUACGGGACAACCGGGACCUUUGGGGAUUGACGGUAUGCACAGGGUCUUGAGCCAGGAGAUUGCGACUGAUGAUGUUGCGAUAGUUUACUCUGAGAAUGGUGGCAUCAUUGGCCGAGGCGUUCUCCUGGAUUGGUAUGCCUGGGCGCAGGCAAAUGGAGAGGUGCUGUCUCCAAUUCAGACUGGCGCUGUCCGUUUACAACACCUCAAAACCAUUGUAGAGGAGCAUGGCAUCAGCAUCAGACAAGGUGACAUACUCUUCAUCCGUUGCGGCUUCACAGCAGCAUAUGAACAGCUCUCAGUUUCGGAGUGUAAAGACUUCCCGAACCGGCAGCCAGGUGGAUAUCUUGGGUUUGAAGCUACAAGGGAGUCGCUGAGGUGGCUCUGGGACUGUGGGUUCGCGGCGAUUGCUUCGGACUCUGCAAGUUUUGAGAGGGGACCAGCGACUGGAUCUUACAAUGACCCAGAGGUGACCAUACAUCAAUGGGCAUUGGCUGGUUGGGGUAUGCCGAUAGGGGAGAUGUUCGACCUUGAGGCGUUGGCAGGAGCCUGUCGAGAGAGAGGUCGCUGGACGUUCUUUCUCUGCAGUGUGCCGUUGAAGGUAAGUCACCCGAUUCCCCGCCGUCGCCAAGACGACGUUCUGACAACAUCGUUGAAGAUCCCUGGUGGAGUUGCGAGCCCCGGCAACGCUGUAGCGAUUUUGUAA